AUGGCCCACUCGCACCAUCACUCCGGGAUGAGCUCCAUGGGUUACACCAGCGCCCUGGAACCUCCAAACCAGCCCCCAGCAACGUCGGAGCCCCACUCCCACAGCGGAGGCACAUCCUUGAUGAUGCCCAUGACCUUCUACUUCGGCUACAAGAAGGUCCAGCUGCUGUUCGCGGGGCUGCAGAUCGACUCGGCUUCAGCCAUGGCCCUGGCUUUCGUGGCCGUGUUCCUGCUAGCGAUGGGCUACGAGGGACUCAAGAGAGCUGGUGAGUGGCUCCGAGCCCAGUGCUCACCUGUCCCGAGAUCAGACGGAACCUGCCCCAAGGAUGCGCCCCGGCUGCAGCUGCUGAGUGCCCGUCACCUCCUGCAGACGAUGCUGCACGUGCUCCAGGUGACCCUGAGCUACCUGCUGAUGCUGACCGCAAUGACCUACAACGCCUACCUCUUCCUGGCCUUGCUGGCGGGCGCCGGCGCUGGCUACUGGCUCUUUGGUGGGAAGAAGGCGGAGGACGUGGAUUCCCAGAACCUCAGCAGGAACAAGGUCGAGCUGGAUGACAUUGGCAGAAAGGACCCCGAGCAGGGACACCAGGUGCCUCCUCGUGAGUGUCCCGUCUCUGAGGUCUACCCUGUGCAACACUGGAUGCGUCCUCUCUAUGUUCCCUGUCCUGAAGGCUGGCCUCUGCCUCUUGAGGGCGAAGACUGGACUCUUUGGCGGGAAUCUCGCUUCUUUGAAACCUGGGGUUAA